AACCACAACUACUGAAGCUCUGACCAAAGACCCUAAAGCAGCAGAGAGAACAGAGUCAAGAAAAGUAACAGAAGAAGAAGAAGGUCCUUUAGAAUUGGACACAGCCUUGCUGUUAAAGUCGACAGUUGAAGUGGACAGUGUUAUGUAUCUGUGCAAACUCUCAGAAGCUCCCUGAAAACACAGUUACCAGAGGUUCAUUUUGUGGAGUAAAUGUGCAGCUGAGUUUGCAUCCUGAGGAGAUAGAUUCAACAAACCUGUAAACUCAAGACUGGUGGUGUUCUGGGAUCAAGAGAUGCCCGUCAAGAGAAGGACCACCAGGAGUGUUAAGGUAGCAAAGAAGAAACCCAAAACAAUCCAGAAGAACCCCAAACUCAUCGCCAAGAAGCCAAAGGUUGUUAAGAAAGCCAAACCUCAAGUCAAACAAAGAGCGAGCCCGUCAGUGGCCACGGAGACAGUUCCACAAUGUCCUCCGCUGGGUCUGGAGUCACUGAAGGUCAAAGACGCUCAGCUGAGAGCAUCAUCAUAUAAGCGCAGAGGACUGGGCCCUCACCGAGGCCGACUCAACAUCCAGUCGGGUAUAGAAGAUGGUGACGUCUAUGAUGGAGCCUGGUGUGCUCAGUACAGAGACAAGAAUCAGUGGCUGGAGGUCGACGCCCAGCGACUGACUCGCUUCACUGGGGUCAUCCUGCAGGGUCGCAACUCCAUCUGGAGCUGGGAUGUGGUGCACACCUACAAGGUGCAGUUCAGCAACGACUCGCUGGUGUGGAAGCCUUGUAUGAACGGGACUGAAGAGGCUGUAUUCGAAGGGAACCAGGAUGCAGAGACGCCCGUCCUCGCCCUUUUCAACACUUCCACAGUGGCCCGUUACAUUCGAAUCAACCCGCAGACCUGGUACCAGAACGGGACGCAGGGUGACAUCUGCCUGAGAGCAGAGGUGUUGGGCUGCACACUCCCAGAUCCGAAUAAUAUCUACGCGUGGCAGACCGAGGCGACUGGGUCCAGAGACAAACUGGACUUCAGACACCACAACUACAAGGAGAUGAGAAAGCUGAUGAAGUCGGUGAGCGAGGCGUGUCCUGACAUCACCCGCAUCUACAGCAUCGGGAAGAGCUACACAGGCCUGAAGCUCUACGUCAUGGAGAUCUCCGACAACCCCGGAAAACACGAACUGGGAGAGCCAGAGUUCCGAUACGUUGCAGGGAUGCAUGGGAACGAGGUGCUGGGCCGAGAGCUCCUGCUCAACCUGAUGCAGUUCAUGUGCCAGGAGUACAAACGUGGGGACCAGCGCAUCGUCCACCUGGUCAAAGAGACCCGCAUCCACCUCCUGCCGUCCAUGAACCCUGACGGAUACGAGAUGGCUUUUAAAAAGGGCUCGGAGCUGUCAGGCUGGGCUCUGGGCCGUUACAGCCAUGAAUGGAUCGACAUGAACCACAAUUUCGCCGACCUCAACUCGGGGAUGUGGACCGCCAUCGAGCUGGAGACGGACCAGUCCAAACUCAUCAACCACUACUUCCCCAUCCCUGAGCAGUACACCUCGGAGGAGGCCUUUGUGGCGUCAGAGACCCGAGCUGUCAUCAACUGGAUGCAGAACAUCCCAUUUGUUCUCAGUGCUAACCUCCACGGUGGAGAGCUGGUGGUCACCUACCCGUACGACAUGACCCGGGACUGGGCUCCUCGCGAGCACACACCCACUCCUGAUGAGAGCUUCUUCCGCUGGCUGGCCACAGCAUACGCCAGCACCAAUCGGGUGAUGUCCAACCCAGACCGGCGGCCCUGCCACAACAAAGACUUCCUCAGGUACAACAACAUCAUCAACGGAGCCGACUGGCACAACGUACCAGGAAGUAUGAAUGACUUCAGCUACCUGCACACCAACUGUUUUGAGGUGACGGUGGAGUUGUCCUGUGAUAAGUUUCCUCAUGCCAGUGAGCUUCCCAUUGAAUGGGAGAACAACAAAGAAUCUCUGCUGAUUUACAUGGAGCAGGUCCACAGAGGAAUUAAGGGUGUGGUUCGUGAUAAAGAUACAGAGGCUGGUAUAGCAGAUGCCAUCAUCAAAGUUGAUGACAUUAAUCAUCAUAUUAGAUCAGUUGCUGAUGGCGACUACUGGCGGCUUCUGAAUCCAGGUGAGUACAAGGUGACAGUCAGCGCAGAAGGCUACCUCCCCUCCUCCCGCACCUGCCACGUCAUGUACGACCACUACCCAACAAUCUGCGACUUCCGCCUCACCAAGGUGCCCAAACAGAGGCUAAAGGACAUUUUGGCGAAGGGAGGGAAGCUCCCUAAGGACCUGCAGCUGCGGCUGAGACAGCUCCGCCUGCGGAAGCUCCGAGUCACCACCAAGGCCAUGAACCAGAGGCGUGCUGCUGCUGCUGCUACUGCCAAGCAGGCCAAGAGGGUGUGAUGAUGAGAAAUGUGAGAACAAAGCAGGACUUGGUUCUGUUCACUCUGGGUUCAGAGACACCCAUCUUCACUGGAUUCAUAGUACUUAAAGGCUGUUAUUAAGGAGGAUAAGGCAGCUGGGCACCAUGUUGUUCUGCACCUGAGAAAUGAACAGUCUCACCUUCUGCUGUGGAGCAGCAGAGCAACUGAGGGAACAGUAGGAUUUUUAUGGAUGCAUUUAUGGUUGAUAACAGUUUAGAUAUCUUUACCAUGUUUCUUUCAAUGUUUCAGGUCAAACUGUUUUGUUUUCAGCAAAUUCAAUUGCCACAACACAAUAAAAUAAACUAUUGACAAAAACGUCAUCACUUACACAUGAAAAAUAAGUGUUUAUAUCUGGUGAAGCCAUUAGAGAACGUAAGUUGAGUGAGAAUCAU